CACACUCCGCCUAUCUCAACUGACUUAAAACGAGCGCACCUCAUCUUUGCUCUCGUAACGUAAGUAAAGGACGCAGUAAAGGUGGCUUCCUCUGUUUCUUCGUUUUGAACAGCUUGGAUGAAAACUCGGCUGUAGGAGUGUUUAGGAAGAGAAACACAAGUUUGUUCGCCGAGAUGUUUCACAGAAGUAAAACCAUAAAAGGUUUGCUAAGUAUUGUCCCUGGGAAACAACGACUAGGGGCGUACAGGUUCCUACCUAUCUUUUUCUGCAUUGGAGGAGUCAUGGAGUGGAUCAUGAUCAACGUGAGGAUUGGACAUGAAACUUUCUACGAUGUCUACAGAAGGAAAAAAUCAGAGCGGCAAUACCAGGAGAAAAUAGCAGAGGGACUCCUUGUGCUAGAUCAACACGAAGCCAAGUGAAUGAUGGUCAGACUUCACAAGAGUCGCCUAAGGACGCACUGUUGGACUCAGACUCCCUCACUGGUUUCACAAUUAAAUUGCAAGCAUAGAGAUGCUCUGGACGAAAAAAGAUGUUGGAGGAAUCCCUUCCAGCUUGCAAGUUUUACAGGCCUUACUCUGAAAAUACUGAGUCAAAAAACCCCCCACACAAGUUAAUCUUAGUGUAAUAUUACCAUACGUUUCAGAUUAAGAAUGAUUUAAGUGACAAUGAAUAAUACUAAAGUAACAGAACACAAUAUUUGUAUCUAUAAUUUGAGAAAUUAUAUAGUUGAAGUAAUGACAGUAUAGAAAUGCAUCUCAAAACUAAUUGUUCUUAUUCUGUCAUUCAUCCUUAUCCCUCGUUCACUUUGAAAUUGUGUGUGUUUAUGUGUCGGUUGUACCAGCCGACAGAAAGAGACUGCAGGCUGAUGAAACUGUUUGGGUAUUCCGACAGGUUGAUGGGGUCCCCAUCCAGCCUCACACUGUCCAGGUUGGAUUGUAUGUAGUGGCUGGUGUCGCCUUUGCAGAACAUCUCGUCUGUUAUAGUUGAGAUAUUGUUGUUCUGUAGAAAAAAAAUGAAAGAUAAAGAAACAUAACAUUGGGAUGUUGUGUAGCCUUAAGUGCUAAAAGGCUUGACUGUACAUCUUUCUGUUACAUGCAGGUGAAAAAUACGAAGGGAUUCUGUAAGUUUAGACACUGCUGUUACUUCAUUGUCUUCGAAGUCUUUUGAACAAUUCCACAUUUUGCAUUGUUACAGUGACAAGGAAAAUAAUGAUGGAUGGCUUUGAACAUAUACAAUUAAAAAAAUCUAUACCUUUCAGCAUUGAUCCCUUUUAGUCAGAAACCCUCCAACAACAUCAAAUACUCCCAGUUGCAUUCAGAAUAAUUCAAACUGAGUCACCUGAAUAAAAAUGAAGCACUUACUCUGUGAAGGCAUCAGCCAGUGCUACAAUAGGAGAUUCUUAAGCAAAGCAUUUUCAUAUGUUAGAAUGGCCCAGUCAAAGUCCAGGCCUUUUGCCAACUUGGACAAAGCUUAGCAAUAGCAGUUUUUGCAAAACUUUUAUUCCCUUCAUAUGAAAAGCUGGGAGAAAUGCACCCUGAAAGCUGUCAGCAAACAGUGGUUCUGUAAAGAAUUGACUCACGGAGGCUAAAUAGAAAUGUAGAGAUUUUUCUGAUUUUUAUUUGAAAAAGAUAUUGAAAGUCAUUGUACUUCCUUUCCACUUACAAUUAUGCACUACUUUAUAUUGUUGUCUAUCAUCCAAUUUUUAUGAAAUACAGUAAAGUUUGUGCUACCAGUUUGACAAAAGGUGUGUAUUCCCUGUU